AUGUGCUGGUCAUUGUCAACUCACCCUCACUCUAGCGAAGCACUCCAACAAAGGCCCUCGGAGGAGGCAGAUGCCAUCAUCGCUGUCACGCAUGGCUUCCUCGCCGCACUGAGCACCAAAUCCCGAGUCGACUUCGAGAAACACUGUGUUCGAGCUGGAGGAAUGUCCCUCUCACCUCCAUCUCCGACUACCCUGCGCUUCUGCACGAUCGGUUCGUUUGUUGAGCAUGUCGCCACGCUCAAGGAUGAUAUCGAUGAGCGUAUCUGGGAUCCCGAGGUCAAGGUGCAGGAGUAUGGUAAUCUAGCUGCUGUGUGGGCGCCUUUCAGGUCGAAGAUAAACGGGGUCGUGGACCACGUUGGUGUCGAGCUUUUUAUCUUGCAUAAGCUCAACGGGACAUGGAAGGUCACGGGGCUGGCGGAUUCGUGUCGGCGGCCAACCGAGGAGGAGAAGUUAUUGGAAUGA